UCACUGCUCUUCGUCUCCUUCUCCACGCAAUCUCUCCAACUUCGCUGGGAUUGUUGGAUCGAAGCAAGGUUCCCAAAAAUGGCUUCUUGGAACUCUGUGGAGAUGGAGAUCGCCUACCAGGUUAUUGGAUGGCUCGCCUUCUUAUCGUGGUCAGUUAGCUUCUAUCCCCAAGUCAUCCUCAAUUUCAGGAGAAAAAGUGUUGUGGGAUUGAACUUCGAUUUUUUGGUGCUGAACCUUACCAAGCACUCUUCCUAUUUGAUUUACAACGCUGCGCUUUUCUUCAGCAAGGAUGUUCAGACACAAUACUAUGAGGAGUAUGGGUAUCAGAUUAUUCCUGUAGCAGCAAAUGAUGUUGCUUUCUCAAUACAUGCUGUAGUGUUGACAGCGUUUACAUUUUUCCAGGUUCUAAUUUAUGAUCGUGGAAAUCAGAAGGUCUCAAAGACUUGCAUUUCAAUCUCUUCCAUCGUGUGGUUUUCUGCUUUAGUAUGCCUGAUUGUGGCUUGGCCUAAACAUUCUUGGCUUUGGCUUGUCUCUGUCUUUAAUAACAUACAGGUUCUCAUGACUGCUAUCAAGUACACCCCACAGGCCUUCAUGAAUUUUAAGCGCAAGAGCACUGUUGGCUGGUCCAUAGGCAAUAUUUUACUUGACUUAACAGGAGGUUUCCUGAAUUUUGCUCAGAUGGCUGUGCAGUCAAUUGAUCAAGGUUCAUGGGUGAACAUCUAUGGUAAUAUAGGGAAGACGCUUCUUUCAUUGGAAUCGAUAUCCUUUGACCUUCUUUUUAUAAUACAACACUAUGUGCUCUAUCCUGCUGAGAAGGAAGAUCAGAAGAAAGAUCAUCUUAAUGAUAUUGCCCCGCUCUUGAAGUCAGUUGACAAAUCUCAUGACUCAAACGUGGUGAAUGUUUAAUAUUGUUCUGUGUUUGUCGCCAAUGCAGUAGGCAGUGGAUGCUAUUGGGCCAUUGGCAUUCUUAUCUGUGUAACUGUGCAUACAUAUUUUUGAUUGAAAACUUGAAAUUGGUUUGACCGAGAGAGCGUCGAAGCAGUGGUUGUUCAUACAAGAGUGCAGAUCACAAUUUCACAAGCAUGUAAUGUAGUGAUGUGUUUUGUUAUUCUUCAGGCAAAUUGUGCAUUUGCAGUGUUUAUAAACGCCUGGGAUGUAAGAAAUAUUGAUGAAUAAAUAUUGAUGAACUUAUUUGAAAAGUAAA